AUGGCCGCAGCAGAACGGCGGCGAGGCUCGCGCUCCUUCGCGAAAGGAAAAUCUAUCGAUAAAUCACCGAACGUCCACAGUUUGCCAUCACUGCUGCACACAUUCAUUUCCUUGCCCGAUCACCAGGCCUUCCCACUCCACAGCUCUGGCACGGCAGAUCUCACCCAAGGCCUUCCUGGCCAACAGCAGCCCAGACCCUUGUGUGAAAGGGACUGUGCUGAACACAGAAAGAGGAGCAGAAAGAAGCCUUUGCAGAAGGAGGACGACCAGGUUCUGGGGAAUGAUAAGAAAGGAAGAGAAGGUGGAAGUGAGGAGUUAGCAGUUGAGCUACGAGAAGCCAAACGUGCCCCUGCCUCUCUCAUACCAAAUGCUCUGAAGAGGGACCUUGUCCUGCAGUGCUCAGAUGAGUGCUCAAACAAGAGGUCAUGCACCUUUUCCAUGAGCUCCCUCAACAAAACGUACACUGCUAGGAUCCCUGGCUCCAAGGCCAAUGCCAUUGCCAGCUCCCACAGCUCCAGCUGGGCACCUCCCACAGUUGAUGAACAGAAGUGGUGUGAGUGUGUCCCCAGCCCAGCAUUCUCCUGCUCCCAGAUGCCAGAGUGGCCUCUCAAGAACGCCAAGGAAGAGCAACUGCAGCAUUUUAAUACUUCCACUCCAGUAAAACUGGACAAGGAGCUGCAGACAGAUAAUGCAGUGGAGACAUCAGCGCAGAAACAGCGGAUUUCCCCAAGCCCAGCAUAUGAUGAUGGUGCACUAAAACAUUGGUGUGUUACCAGCAUCAUUCUCAGACUAAAGCCAAAACAAAGCACUGCACCAGCUACUAGGAAGAAAAAUAACUGUUACAGCUGGAACCAGGACCCAGACAUGUCCCUAUCACAUCAAAAUUUAGAUUUCAGAUGUGUUAUCAGGGUGAAGAAGGAAUAA